CGAGGACAGUAAACGCCCUUGGAAGAAAAACAAAGACAGUAAAACGGCAAGAACUGUUAAAAACUAAAGAGCUGUGAGAUAAAUCUGUAAUAUUCAAGCCGCUGGAAGAUUCCCCGAGCUGCUCUUGGAAGAAAAAAAACACAAGUCCCUUUCUCCGCCUCCCUCUUCUCUCCUUUUACUCUCCUCCUCUGCCUUAUCCAGCACUUCAAACCAUCCAUGAGUGUGACCAACUCGUCUGCCUAUCGCUCGGAGCGUAGUUUCCAGCAGACCUCAUCGUCUACUUCAUCGUCCUGUAACCCAUACAUGGAGAAGAGCCGAGGUGUGUUCGCUGAGGACUUUGACUCCUUCAUGAGGCCCGGGAGCAACACUCUGGCGUUUUCCAGUGGAGCUGGAAACGUCAAAACUCUGGAUGAUUCGUACCAGUUCACUGUCGACGUGCGAGGCUUCUCCCCCGAGGACGUCAUCGUCACGACCUCCAACAGCCAGAUAGAAGUUCGUGCGGAGAAGCUGGCCCAGGACGGUUCAGUGAUGAACAAUUUCACCCACAAGUGCCAGCUACCCGAGGACGUGGACCCCACCUCAGUGACGUCCUCGCUGGGCCCUGACGGGACCCUAACAGUCCGGGCCAGGAGGAACCCGGCCAAACACGAGCUCGUACAGACCUUCCGCACAGAGAUCAAAAUCUAAAGCGCUUGUGCUUUAACUCUCACUCAUGUUGUCCUGUUUCCUCUCCAGCCACCUUUUGAUGGCGACAGUGUUAGUUUAACUCCACGUGAACGGUCAUUUCAGACACAGAGGUUGGAGCACAAAUCAGUAUUUCCCUCCUGGUCUGUGACGCAACGUAAAAACCAGUUGCUCGCUUCGUAAACUAAACACCUUUGAAAUAACCUACAUUAAACUUGUCUGGCCCAAACAACAACUACUCUGUGUAACCAGUUGUCACCAUAAAAGAUGCACUCUGAAAGUCUGAGGCAAAGGUUAGACUCGGUUAAAAGCCCAGCGUUCAGUAAAAUAAUGCACGUCGUCUAUCGCAGGGACAUUCAACUGGCGGCCCGGGGGCCAAAUCUGGCCCACAGGUGAGC